CCGGACUGCCUGAACUAAUAAACUUUAUAACAAUAAACUUAAUAACAUGGAGCUGCUGAACGAAGAGGACACUAAAAUGUAUUUUUAUGAAAGCAGACUGAAAACAUACAUGGGGUGGCCGUUUGAGGAGGGCUGCGCGUGUACACCAGACAAUAUGGCCAAAGCUGGGUUUAUACACACUCCGUCCGAAAACAGUCCGGACGUGGCGCAGUGCUUCUUCUGCUACAAAGAGCUGGAGGGCUGGGAGCCAGAGGACGAUCCAGAGAAAGAGCAUAAAGCGCACUCGCCGACCUGCGGCUUCAUCCUGCUGAAGAAAUCUGUGCAAGAGCUCACUGUGGAGGAGAUGGUGAAGCUGCAGAAGGAGAGGCAGAAGUUUAGGAUUAAAAAAACAUGCAAUCAGGUGAUUGAGAAGUUCGAGGUCGCUGCUCAGUCCCGGAGAGGUGAAAUUAUCAAAACGGCCAUGGAUGAGGAGUGA